AGAGAAAGCAAGACAAAAAAAACAAAAACAAAAACGAAAAAAGGACCAGACAGAGAAGGAAAAGAAAGGAAAGUGGAAAAGCAGUUGGGGGGCCUUGGGUUGGUUAUGGUGGAAGAUCCACCACUAUAAUUAACAAGGGUCAUAUUAGCCAUUCUCAUCAUCUCUCUCUCUCUCAUCCAUGCUCUCGCUCCUCCUCAGCUCCAGCCUUAAUGGUGUCCGCAUCAGCAGCGGCAGUAGUAACUUAACCGCACUCAUCCACGGCGGCACCGGAUUCUGGCUCCACGCGGCUGCUCCGAACGCAGCGCUGGCUCUCGCCUUCACCGCUUUCGCCGUGGCGGCCGCCGUACUCUUCAAUAGUAGGUAAAAAAAUAGAGAAACUAGACCAAAGCAGCUGACUUUGAAGUUUGACCCCCUCAAAAUCGGUUAGAUUUUUUCAAAUUUCAAGUAAAGAGUUAAUAAUAUAUUAGAAUUUGAUGAAAGCCCUCCGACGGAGCGUGACUUCGUCGGCGUCGUCUUCGAAUUCCUCUUCUUCACCGUCUUCGUCUUCGCCGUCGUCGUCGUCGUGGAUUCACUUGAGAUCGGUUUUAUUCGUAGUUGCUUCCUCCUCACCGGCUUACUGUUCCUCUGAUCGGGGCCGUCUCAAAUCACCAUGGUCUCGCAGGAAAAGAAAACACGCCCUUACACCCCAGCAAUGGAGAAGUUUGUUUACACCAGAUGGAAAACUCCGUGAUAGGGGAGUAAAAUUUCUGAAGAAAGUUCGAAGUGGAGGUGUUGAUCCAAGUAUCAGGUCAGAGGUUUGGCCGUUCCUCCUUGGAGUCUAUGACUUAAACAGUUCCAAAGAAGAAAGAGAGGUGUUAAUAACUCGGAAGAGAAAGGAAUAUGAAACACUUCGGAGGUACUGCCGAAGACUUCUAAAACAAAGUGAUGACAGCUUUAGGUCGAAGGAAAUUGGCGAAACCAGCAUUAAUGGGGAAAGUGGGAGUUGCAAUCAAGGCCCAUACUCUCCCGACUCGGAAGAUGUCGUUAGUGCCAGGGAAUCGCUUUCUAGUGAGGAAAGAAGCCCUUACAUAGAGUACUCCAGCAGGGGUGAUGAGCUCAUGGAAGGAGAUGGUGGCUCUAGACAAAUCACAGAUCCCAAUUCUCCUGCAUUUGACACCGAGUCCUCAGACUCAGACUCCUCUGAGGACCCAGAAGUGAGUCAAACAUUCUCCUCUAAUGAGACCAGGGAGGAAAACGAUCAAUCUUCCCCCUCGAGAACAGAAGUCCAGUCAAAGCCCCACGACACUGAAAAUUUUGCCACAUGGCAACGAAUCAUUCGGCUUGAUGCAAUUCGUGCCAAUGGGGAAUGGAUAGAGUACUCCCCAACUCAGGCUGCAGUAUCAGAUGAGAGAGCCCGCCGGUCUGCUGAAGCCGUUGGAUUGAAGGAUUACGACCACCUGGACCCUACCAGGAUCUUCCAUGCUGCGCGACUAGUUGCCAUCCUCGAAGCUUAUGCACUUUACGACCCAGAAAUUGGAUAUUGCCAAGGGAUGAGCGAUUUACUUUCACCCAUAAUUGCUGUUGUAACCGAGGACCACAUGGCUUUCUGGUGUUUCGUUGGUUUUAUGAAGAAGGCUCGCCAUAAUUUCAGACUUGACGAGAUGGGAAUAAGGAGGCAACUGAGUACUGUUUCCAAAAUCAUCAAACGCAAGGAUUCCCAUCUUUACAGACAUUUGGAGAAGCUACAGGCAGAAGAUUGCUUUUUUGUUUACAGGAUGGUGGUGGUACUCUUUAGAAGGGAAUUGACCUUUGAGCAGACAAUUUGUCUGUGGGAGGUUAUGUGGGCUGACCAAGCUGCUAUUCGGGCUGGGAUCGGAAAGUCGGCAUGGAGCAGGAUAAGGCAGCGCGCCCCACCUACAGAAGAUCUUUUGCUCUAUGCAAUUGCGGCUUCGGUGUUACAGAGGAGGAAAAAGAUAAUAGAGAGGUAUAGUAGCAUGGAUGAGAUACUGAGGGAGUGUAACAGCAUGGCUGGUCAUCUCGACGUGUGGAAGCUCCUUGAUGACGCGCACGAUUUGGUGGUGAACCUCCAUGACAAGAUACAGGCACCCCGUUAAUGGUUACAUUAAUAAUUUGUGGUUCUCUAAUAUUUAUUCACUUCGUUUCGUUGCGUAGAGAUUGCUUUGGGCAGUAUCGUCUAUGUAGUCUCCUCAUACAUGCUUUACGAAGUGUAAAUUUACAGGACGGUCUAUGACGGUAGGAAUGUGUUCUUCAACAAGGUCGUGUGGGGCAGCACAGUCAAAUGUAGAUUUUCGGAUUGAAAAGAUCCACAGGUUGGUGACCCAUACGUAAUUUAUUUGUUGUAGGUUUCUUUUGUUAGUUGCUGUGGAAAAUUGGGUAUGGGUCCAACCUGUUGGGAGUGAUUGUUGAAAGUUGAAACAGUUUCCAGGCUUUUGACUUUCUUUGUUAGUCUCAGAAUAAUCUCUUGGUGAUGGUAGUCUCUUGGUGAGAGUUGAAACCUGUUGGUUGAUUACUGGACUUUCAUUUGCUAUUCGCAACAUGUUUAUUCCCAAAUAGAUCGAUCAAUUCCGAUUCUUUCUUUU